CUACUACUACUACUAGUACUACUAUUCGUUCUCUUACGACCACAUCUACACCAAACACACAACAACAACAUUGUCUACCAAUAUUGAUCAUGUCAUCUGAAAGUGGACUAUUUCGACGUUCAUCAUUGCCUUCACAAAUACAACAACAACCUCAGUCACAAUCUAUGUCAUCAUUGAGUUCUUCUACGACAACAGCAGGAUUAUUUACAUCAACUAAUAAUAAUAAUAGUAAUAAUAAUAGUAAUACUACCAACAAAACUAAAAAAGAAUGUUUCAAUUUUGAACCACAACAAUGGCGUAAAUCUGUUUGUAAAAAUUGUUUUCGUACCCAACCUGAACAUCAGAAAUCGAUAAGUGGCAGCCCUAAAGGUGAAAUGAAUUCACCUUUAAAUAAUAGUAAUAUUAGUGGAGUUGGUUGCAUUGUUGAAGCCGAUAAUAGUAGUAAUAUUAAUAAUCUUAAUAAUAAUGACAACACUACCACUACUACUCCUACUACUACUACUCCCGUAAGUGGAAGUAUGAAUAGUAGUAGUUGCGAUAGCAAGUCACGUGACUCCACAGUUGGUAAAAGUAACAAUGGAUUAUUUGGUAGUAAUGCAGCGGCUAGAGCUGCCGCACGAAAAAUUGCAGUAGGACAAAGAUAUUCCGAUUCCGAUGUUCGUAAUCAUGAAAUUAGAAAAUCAAUCAAUCUUAUUAAUCCAACCACUGGACAAUCGUCUACAAUCGGUGGUAUUAAUCAUUCAUCGGCAUCAAGUAUUGAUGCAAGAUAUGUGGAAGAAUUAGAAAAUGAUUUUUUCGCUUUAGAAGAUAAACAUGAAUUAUUAUUAAGAGAACGUGAUGAAUUAAAUUUAGAAUUAGAAGUGAAAAUUCGUACAAUCGGUGAAUUACAAGCGACACUAGAUCAAUAUCGUGAAAAAGUUUCACAUCUUGAAAGACGUUGUGGUCAUUUAGAAGAAGAAGUGAAAAGUUAUCGAGAACGUUUAAAACUACCAGAAAGUGAUCAAAAUCAUUCACCAAAUACCACCAUUUUGGAACAACAACAUCAGCAACAUCAACAACAACAACAACAUGUCAUUGGUUACACUGAUAUUCAUUGUAGUGCAGAACUUCAACAACGUCUUAAUGAAGUGGAACAAUUAUGUCAAGAGGUGAUGGAAGAGAAUGAACAAUUAAAAGAGGAUGUGGAAGAAAUGCAUCGAGAAAUUGAAGAGAUGCAUGAUCAUUUUCAAGAAGAAGAUCGUGAUGCGGUACGUGAACUUCAACGUGAUUUAGAAGCAGCUAAUAAAGCUUGUCGAAUAUUACAAUUUAAAUUGCGUAAAGCUGAAAGACGUUUUGAACAAUGUGAAGCUGAACGAGCUAAUUUAGAAGAACGUUUAGCAAGAUUAGAAUCUGAAUUGUACAGUGAAGCGGAUGUAGCGCAUAUACAUAAUUUAGAGGAAGAAUUACGUGUAGCCAAAGAAGUUGGUGUACGUUUAAAUAAUGAAUUAGAUUUGUUAGAUGAAAAACGUGUUUAUUAUGAAGAAGAAAAUCGUCAACUUAAUGAAGAAUUACAAACAUCACAAAAUAAAAGAAUUGCAGUGGAAAAUGAAUUAGGACGACUUAAACUUGAGUUCGAUAAAUUAAAAAGUGAAAAAGGUGCCAUUGACAAAGGACCAUUACAAGUGAUGGAUAAAAAUAGAUCUCGACAAGGCGUUUCAUUAUCACGUGAAGAAUCAUUUGAAGAGCAUCAAAUGAAACGUGACUUAGAAGCGGCUAGAGAACGUGAAACUGAUUUAUCAGAACAAUUACGCUUUGCUGAAGAAGAAAUACGUAAAGUGAAAAGACGAUUAAAAGAAUCACAAGCAGAAAAUGAUAUAUUAUCUAAAAAGAUGGGAAAAAUUGUUACAUCACAAACACGUGAAAAUCGAUUAAUUGAAAAUGUUGAAGAUCAACAAAUUGUACCAACCACUUUAGCGAAGUCAACGAUGAAUUCAGAAUUGAACAAAACUAAAUUGUCUGGAGUCGAUGAACAAAUGCGAAAUCAACUAAACACAGAAACUAAUAAUCGAUCAGUGAUUAUGGCGAAUCGUUCACCACAAAAUACUAACAAUCUUGAUACAUCUGGUUUAUCGAAUAAAGAAACUUCUACUAAAGAGAAUGAUGAAUCCACUUCACAUAUUAUUCAAGAAUCCAUUGAAUCAACGCUGAAUAAAGAGUAUAAACAAAAUUUAGAUUUGGCACUUAAAGAAAAUGAAACAUUGAAACAUAAACUACGUGAUAAUAGUAAACAAUUAAAACAAAUUAUUCGUGAUGUACGUGUAUUGAGUAGUUUUGAGAAAUCUGACAAUUGGUUAGAAAAAUAUAAUGAUGUACGUGAAACAAUGAAAGAUCAGGAGAAUGAAAUAUCACGUAUGAAAAAGAAACUGAUUGAAUUACAAGAGGAAAAUGUGAAACUUCGCGCUUAUGAAAAAAUGUUGGAAAAACCAGUAAAAAGUUGUAAAACACGUACUCUACGCUUAGAAUUAAUGAGUCAAGAAUUAUUAAUUAAAGAGGUUAAAAAUUUGGAAGAAGAACUGGAGAAUAAAACAAAUGAAAUUACUACAGUACGUGAACAAUUAAAUAAUGUACAACUUCAUUUUAAACAAUUUGAAGAGUCAACAUUAGAAAAUUAUGCUGAAUCGAAUCGACGUGAAAGUGAUCUAUUAAAGUGUUUAAAUAAUUUAGAAAGUAAAUGUACAGUAUUCAAUGAAUUGUUGACAAUGUUAGAAGAACAAAAUAAUAAUCUUUUAUUAGAAACAUGCAGUCUUCUCAAUGUAAAUUACGCCACGGAAGAUAAGUCAUCUGGUACUAAGAAAGCUGAUGAACUCUCAAGUGAAUCAGUUAAAAUAGGAGAUACACAACAGAAAAUUCGAUGCUUGGAAAAACUUCUUUCGGAAGAACAUCAACGUACUUUUAUGCUACAAAAACGUUUAGAAUUAGCAUCUCAACCAAAUAUUUGUAUUGAUCAAAAUUAUGCAAAACAACUUGAUUGUAAACGAAGUGAAGUGUUGCAAAAAGAAUUGGAUGAAAAAGAAGAAAUACUUGAUGCUCGUGAUGAACAAAUCACCGAUUUGAAAUCACGUAUUGAUCAAAUGCGUAAAAUGAAUGAAGCAAUGCGUGCAUUGGUAGAGAAAGAACCAAUUGACAACAAGUCACAAAAACUGGGAACAAGUGUAGAAAUUGCAAGUUAUAAGAAAGAAGUUGAAUCUAUGAGAAAAGAAAUGCAAAUUAUUCGUAAUAAUCUUACACAAGCGGAAAAAAUUAGAGAGAAAUUAGUGAAAGAGAAUAGAGAACUUCAAGAUGAAUUGAAAUUACGAGAAGAUUCAAUUUUUGAACAAGAUGAUGAACUAGAACGACGUAACAAUGAAAUUCGUGGAUAUAAAUCGUCAAUUGAACAAAUGAAACGAGAGUUGGAACAAACAAAACGUGAUUUAGCUCAAGUUAAAGCAACAGAAAUCAGUGGAGCAUCUGGUCGUUUAGGUGCUAAAAUUGCAGAAAUUGAAAGGUUACGAACUGAAUUAAACACUGCUACACAAGAAUUGAAAGAUACCAAAGUUAGUCAUGAAGGAUUGAAAAAAGUUGUUAGUCAAAAUGAAGAUACCAUGAAACAUCUUGGCAAUGAAGUAAUUCAAUUACGUGAUGCAAUCAUUGAAAAAGACAAAAUGUUAAAUGAAUUACAUGCAUAUUUAAAAGAAUCUAGACAGAAUACAGAAAGUUUCAAAUUACAAUAUGAAAAUGCUGAAUCCAAAAGAAUGGAUGUAGAGAAAGGAUUUGAAGAACUGAAAAAUCGACUAGCGAAUAAAGAACAAGAAUUGAAAAACCUACGUAAACGUAUGGAAGAAGCAGUAGGUCCAAUGAGUACUUCUACUACAACAACCAAUAAUAACCGUGAUUUAAAUCAACAAGAUAAUCGUGAACACAUGUUAAACAGACGUGGAUUUGAAGUGGACAAAUUACGAAGAGAAUUAUCAUUGACUAAACGAGAAAAAGAUGAUUUAUAUAUGGAAUUGAAGAAAUUACGUUGUAAAUUAGACAAAAGGCAUACAUCAGAAGAAAAAGGUAGAAAGGAUAUCACCGGUUAUCUUACAAAUUUAAAUAUGGGUAAUACAUAUGCAAAAGCAAUUGCAGCUCAACAACCGAACACUAAAAUUGCUUUACUUAAUGAACAUAUUAGUAUAUUGAAUCGUGCUAAUGUUGAAUUAAAAAUACAAAAUGAAUCAUUACACAAUAAUGUGAUUGAUUAUCAACGACGUUAUCGUAGUAUUAAAGAACAAUAUGAAGGUGAACAAGAAGCAUGGAUUACAGAAAGAUUGGUUCUUGAAUCGAAAGCGAAAGAGCAAGAAGAUCGUCGAACUACAAUUGCAAAUACACGAAAAUUACUUCAAGAUACAAGUGUGAGAUUAUUUGAGCUAGAAAAGGAAAGUGAAAAGAAAUUGCUAAAUUUACAAACUGCUUAUGAAAAAUUAGAAAAAGAGAAACAAACCAUAGAGUUGAAAUUAGCUCAAUUAGAAGAUACACAAAAAUUGCCCAAAGUUCUGCAACGUUUCAGUGCUAGUAGCAGUAGUAGUACACGUCCAAGUGUACUAACUACACAAGCACGUACAGCACAAUUAGAAAAUCAAGAAAUUAUUUUAAAACUACAAAAUGCUGAACGAAUGAUCAGUAAACUACGAAAUGAAUUAUUAGAAACGAAAGAAUUACACGCAACACAAAGUAUCACAGCUGUACAAGAGGCUGAAGAAGCUAGAUUAACAGUGGAAAGAGAAUUGGAAGAUAUUAAAGAUCGAUUGUUAACAAUGGAAUGCUAUCGACAACAAGUGGAAUUAUUUAGACAUCGUCAUUUUGAAUUAGAAGAGACUGCAGAAAAAGAAUACAAAGUAUGGCAAGAUGAAAGAGAACAAUUAAUUUAUCAAGCAGAAGAAGCACGUGUUAUGAUUGAUCAAUGGAGUACACAAAUAAAGUGUAAAACUACUGCGGAAGAUAUUAAACCUGAAGAAAUUUUAGAUGAAAUUCUAAAAUCAAUGGAAAAAUGGUCUAAUGAACAUGAACGAUUACCGAAUUUGAAACGUCGAAUGCUUGAUUCUGUAUCAUCCAUUGAAAGUACAUCAGGUAUUGGUUUAAGUACCGGUGCAACAAACAGUCCAAUGAUACCACAAUCAUCAAAAAAUAGUUUAAUGAUCAAUUCAACAAUUUCACCAUUCUCUCCAAGUCUAUUACCUAAAGGAUCAUCAAUAUUAACAAAUCAAAGAUCCACGUCGAUGGAAUGGACAAAUAGUCGUUUUCAUGGACAUUCUAUAGGAUCUUCUAGUGGUCAUCCAUUUGGAUUAAAUUUCAAAGAGAUGAAUUAUGGAUUAGGCACAACAAAUGGUGCAUCAAUGAUUAGUGGUUUUCGUGGCAGUGCAUUAAGUCUUGCAGCAAGCGCUGGAGUAGGCGGAGGCAGUAAUUAUAGUUUAAUGGUUAAUAGUCGUUGUGGUAGAUCAGUUUCGCCUGAAGUAACCGUUAAAAAGAUAUCAAACUAUCCUGAUCCGACACUUGGAUUUCUAGUUCGUCCAACUUCUAGACAAGGUUCACAAGAUAGUUUGGCUAGUAUUACAGAUUAUUCUCAAAGAUCAUUUACACUACCAGGUAAGCCACCAAUCAGAAGUGUUAUAUCACCAGCAAGACGUAUGUUCUUUGAAGAUAAUCGUGAGAAUAAAUCCAGUGAAAUUGAUUUACACCAUUACAGUAAACAACAAUCACAACAUAUAAAUCAUCAUAAUACGCUACACAAUGAAUCCAUAAAAACUAGUCAAUUAAGUUUGGGUAAUUUUGAAGAGAAAAAUGAUGCACAUAGUUCAUCAAGUUUAAUUAUUUCUAAUAAACGUACUAAUGAUUUAUUACACAGAAAUGAUGAUCAAAUCAAUUUGGAUAAAAGCAGUAAAGCUAAUUAUUCACAUACUGCAAUUGAUAGCAAUAGCCAUCAAAAACAGAAUAAUACAAAUCAAAUCAAAUUAACUGAUAUUGUUGACAAGACUAGUAGUAAUGGUGGAACACAUUCACGUUUAUCUUUCACUAAUCGUUUUACUCGUUGGUCUAAUAGUUCCAGUAAUAAACAACAUCUUGAUAAAGCUCAUUCUGUUGAACCAAAUUCUUUGAAUGAUUUUAAAGAGAACACAUCAGAUAACAGUAAUAAUACUAAUGGUAAUAAUUCUGUUGAUAAAACCAUUAGUAAAUCUCGAGAAAAUCUAUUUAUGAGAACAACAAAAAAAGAGAAAAGUCAUAUAAAAGCUAAUUCACAAGAAAAAUCAAAAGGCAAAUCAUUGGAACCAGAAAAAUCAUUGAAAGGUAGCGUUGUUCAGUCUAGUGAAGUAACAUCGACAUCAGGAUCAUCAAUGAAUACAGUAACAACAACAACAACAUCUUCAUCAAUAUGUCAUGAAACUUUAUCACAAUCAAAUCAAUCAAUGGUUAAGAGAUCAAAAUCAGUGUCUAAUAUUUCACCAGCAAUUAUGGCUUUAAGACAGAAAUUUUCGGGUGGUGGAAAAUCUUAAACAUUAAACUUGACAUUGCAUUAUGUAACUGUCUGAGUUUUUGUUUAACUUUUUCCCAAAAAGGAUCAAAGAUUUCAAAUAUAUAUAUAUAUAUAUAUAUA